UCAAAGCAUGGCAUCCUAAGGGAGCCACCGCGAUUCUCGCAGUAAUGGUAGGUGGUCGACGUUGAGGGCAUUCUAAGUUAAUCGCUAACACUAGCUCUAGUGAUGUGACUACUUAUCAUUUGGGCUCCUUCAUUGUCAUGAAGAGGUUCUAGGUGGAGAGAGAGAUAGAUGGGCAUCCCUUCCUCGUCGUGGAGGGAGUUUUCCUCGAGAGUCAGAUCCAUGACUCUGAUGACUCUGUCGCAGUGUUUAGGGCAAGGGUAGUGUAGGAGGGCGGGGAGUUGGGGGAAGAGUGUGAGGGUGUGGGUGGGGUUUCGGGCUUGGGGAUUUUGUUGUGUCGUUUUCGCGACAAGGUCUCUUCUGUGGAGUCGUUUUUAAGUUGGGUGAGUUUUGGGACGUGUUUUAAAAAUCGCGGCUGUGAAAGGGGGUGUAGUAGCCCUAGAGGUUGUGAUGGCGAGCGGAGCGGGGUUUCUGUCUGCGGAGGCCAAGGCGGCGAGUGCCGCGGCAGGUGUGGGUGUGGUGGUAGGAGGCCAUGGUAGUGCGGCGUUGAAGGGAGCUGCGAGCAGUAGCCGGGGAGGGAGAUGGAGGCCGACUACGAGGCAAGGUGGUCAGCACAGUGGCGAUGCGUGGGUAGCGCAGCGAGUGGCCGUGGCCGGUAGCGGUAGGGCAGGAUGGGGACAUCAGCAGCCCGGACACCAGCAGCAGUCUCAGACUGCAUCCGCCGCAACUACUGCUGGAGGUUUAAAUGCGGAAUUCUGUGGUAGGAGGUCAACCAGGUUGGUGAGUAAGUUUCAUCAUGGACGGCAGAAGUUGUACAUGGGGAAACACAGUCCCGAGGCGGACAUGGCCGCGCAGGAGAUCCUGUCAGCGCCAUCUAUGUCGGGUAAUUCGACGGCGUUGUUGCUGGAGAAGUGGUCGCACCAGCUUGUCGGCCUGGAAGAUUUUCCUUACCUUCUGCGGGAGCUAGGAAAUCGGGGUGAGUGGGAGCGAGCGCUUCAGGGGUACGAAUGGAUGGUGCAGCAAGGACAUCUUCGGAGCGAGUGGAGUAAGCUAGCGAGUAUAAUGAUCAGUACCUUAGGGCGUCUAGGAAAGGUCGAAAUAGCGCUUGAUGUGUUCAAUAGGGCGCAGAAGGCGGGAUUCGGGAACAACGUCUAUGCCUACUCGGCUAUGGUGAGUGCUUACGGGCGGAGUGGAAGGUGUCGCGAGGCCCUCAAGGUGUUCCAGGCUAUGAAGAAGGCGGGAUGCAAACCCAAUCUGAUAACGUAUAACACUAUCAUAGAUGCGUGUGGAAAAGGGGGUGUUGACCUGAAAAAAGCCCUUGAUAUAUUUGAAGAGAUGCAGAAAGAAGGCGUGGAGCCUGACCGUAUCACUUUCAACUCACUCAUUGCAGUUUGCAGUCGAGGUAGUCUGUGGGAGGACUCCCAGCGUGUGUUCGCUGAAAUGCAGCGGAGAGGGAUUGAGCAAGACAUUUUCACUUACAAUACACUCAUUGACGCUGUUUGCAAGGGCGGUCAAAUGGAGCUUGCCGCUUCAAUUAUGUCGUCAAUGAGACUGAAAAACAUCAGUCCCAACGUUGUCACUUACAGCACCAUGAUUGAUGGUUACGGAAAGUUGGGAUGCUUUGAGGAAGCAAUUGGCUUGUAUCAUGACAUGAAGGAGUCAGGUGUUCGUCCGGAUCGGGUAUCGUACAACACACUCAUCGAUAUUUACGCUAAGCUUGGGCGGUUUGACGAUGCGUUGACGGCUUGCAAGGACAUGGAAAGGGUGGGCUUGAAGGCCGAUGUCGUCACUUACAAUGCUUUGAUUGAUGCUUACGGGAAGCAAGGGAAAUACAAGGAUGCUGCGGGACUUUUCGAUAAAAUGAAGGCGGAGGGCUUGGUUCCAAACGUGUUGACAUACUCGGCUUUGAUUGAUGCCUAUUCCAAAGCUGGCAUGCAUCAAGAUGCUACAAGUAUCUUUGUCGAAUUCAAGCGCGCCGGGUUAAAACCAGAUGUUGUUCUGUACAGUUCACUCAUCGACUCAUGCUGCAAGUGUGGUCUAGUGGAAGACGCCGUGGUCUUGUUGCAGGAGAUGACGCAGGCGGGAAUUCAGCCCAAUAUCGUGACCUACAAUUCACUCAUUGACGCUUACGGGCGCAACGGUCAGGUGGAUAACGUCGAAGCCGCAAAGGGCAACAUGCCGAUCAAUGUCUUCAAUAAAGUAGGAGACAGGAGCACUGAAAUAAUCUGCAAGACUUUAACCUCACAGCAGAACGCUAAUGAUCACACUGGUGUAUUGGCUGCUGUGAGUGUAUUUCAUGAAAUGCAGCAGUUUGGGUUGAAACCAAAUGUUGUCACGUUUUCCGCAAUCCUGAACGCCUGCAGUCGAUGCUCUUCAUUGCAAGAGGCAUCUGUUUUGCUGGAGCAGAUGCGAUUUUUCGAUAGCUGGGUUUAUGGUAUUGCCCAUGGGCUGUUGAUGGGUUUGAGGGAACAUGUUUGGGUUGAAGCGCAACGAUUGUUCGAUGAAAUUGCUCGGAUGGAUUACGCUACUGGAGCAGCAUUUUACAAUGCUCUUACGGAUGUCUUAUGGCAUUUCGGCCAGAGACAAGGAGCUCAGGAAGUGGUUGUUGCUGCUAAGCGACGCCAAGUGUGGGAGAACGCGUGGUGGCGUUCAGAGCAACAAUUCUGCCUCGACCUUCACCUUAUGUCGGUAGGCGCAGCUCAAGCGAUGCUACACGUCUGGCUUCUUGACCUCAGAGCUUUGGUCUGGGAUGGUCAUGCUCUACCUAGAGUACUCAGCAUCUUGACAGGAUGGGGUAAACACAGCAAAGUUGCGGGCUUCAGCACCGUGAAGAGAGCUGUAGAAUCAAGAUUACUAGAAAUCAAAGCUCCGUUUCAAGUAGGCCGAUAUAACGAAGGUCGGCUGGUUUGUGCUGGUCACAUUGUCCGGGCAUGGCUUGGAGAUCCCAGGACAUCCAAACUACUCAUGCUACAAGAUGCGAUUAUUAAGUCGAAUCCGCAGUGGAAUCGGUUCCCUGAUGGAUUUUUAUCCUUGAAAGAACCUCUACUGGCAGAUGUUGCGACGUAGAUGAAGAAUCCUCUGUUCUCUUACUUCUUUUGAUGCAGCGUGAUUUUCAUCAUGUCUGCCUCCAACACAUGGAAGUCGAAAGCCCUCAAUCAGUUGGGGUGAGCUUGCAGCUGGUUCGCCUUCGACGGGAUAUCCCACUGAGUCCCUUCCAUUCAAUUACACAUUCAAAUCAUGCACGGUGAGGCUUGCUUAGGUUAAUAAACCAGCUUCCUCCGAAAAUGCCAUUCGGAAUGAUUUAGUUGUUGGCCCACACCAUGAUACACGCACCAUGCCUAUCUGUCGAGAAUUUUGGUCCUCCAGCUCAAAACCUGACGCUGAUCGGUCAGUUUAGGUCAUUCUUGUGCUGGGGGCACAAUCUCCAGUAUUGUACAAUAUUCAAGCCACAUACUUGCAAGAGUUGUCUUUUUAGGAAAAUUAUUAAUAUUGUAAUUCGAGUAUUUAAUGCAAUACUUUGACCUUGGUUCCGUA